UCCCUGUUCGAUCUGGUUGUCAAAUUUCCAUGCCCAUUCUAUUCCACGAUGUCCUGGCAUAGAUCAAAGCAGCCGCGGCCUCGAGCCCAAGAGUCGAAAAGGGACAUUCCCUAUGAGCUCCCCGGCCAGCGCCUAGGGCCUCAGCUAGCAUCGGAAAUAGCUCGACUUUUCGAUGACGCCCAAAUCCCAAGCUUUGUCUGGGACUGGAUCGAGAAAUCCCCGUUGACGGAAACACGAAAUCACUUGGAAUUCGAAUUCGUCAAUCCAGACCAUCUCAUUAUCGAAGCCCAAAAAGCCCUCUCAACCGUCGGAUUCAAAUCCUGCGCCGCCGAAUCCGCAUGCCACAUGUUCGAAGAAUUCCCCUUCAAGCCCCUCCCCACAAUCCACUUCCACCACAUCAGCCGCGUCGACGAGGUAAUCUCCCUCCGCAAACAAACCGCUCUGGCUGCGAGACUCCAUCUCCCGCCUAACACAUCACCCGCGCCUAACGAUCCCGAUUUCAUGCUCAGCAACGACCCCAGGCUGGGCGGCAGUCCGGCUGCUUUUGCGCCUCUCCCCGACGAACUGUAUCCGUUUCGACUUCUCGCACCGGUCCGUUUCGCCGAGGCCCUGAUUCUUCAGACUGCUCGGGAUGUAGACAUAGAGCGGGAGACGGUGAUUCGGGGGUAUAUGUUACGGUUGGGGUAUUUGAAACAGUGCGGGCAGGGACCGAGAGGGUUCCUGGGCCAGGCGGACUUUCACGAGUAUUUGUGGCCGUUUUGGGCUGCGUUGGAGAAGGGUGAGUUUCCGUUGAUGAUUGCGCAUGCGCGCAGGUUGAAGGAUAAGUUGAAUAGGACGGGGUUUAGGUUGCCGACGCAGGAGGAGAUGGAACAGAAGAAGGCAAAGAGGGAGAUGCAGUAGAUGAGGAAAAUGGGAGAGACUGCGUCAUGA